AUGGCCUCGGAAGAUUCACUUUUUGGUGCUUCUAUGGACGGAUUACCAGCUUUUUUUACAAAUGGGAGUGUGGACGACACGAAAUACGAGUCACUCUUGGCUGAUUUACGAGCUCAUGAUCUCUUGGGACCCGUGGAAAGCAGUACUGAAGCCAAAGACGUCGCUGGAUCGUCACUUUUCUUUAAUGACGCAUUUUCUGCUAUUUUUAUGGGCAAUUUCCAGUCAAAAACACCCUCUGGAGACAAUGAGACAAGUGAAGAAGCUUCUAAUCUUGUACCCCCUGGUCUCAGUGCUCCACCUGGACUAAAAGUACCUUUAGAAGAUUUGAAAUGGGCCAGAGGUCAACAGGAAUUUUCGAGACUUGAAGAGAGAUUUCAUGGCAAUUUAAUGGAGAAAAAGAGUCGUCUUACGACUGCUGGACGAGCUCCACCACCAGGUUUGAGCUUGGAACAAGAUGCUGAGCUGGAUGAGAAUCAAGUGCCGGGUCUUAGUGGACUAGGCCUCGAUGACGACGACUCGGUACCUUCAACGUCAAAGCAGACUCCACCUUCACAGACUCCUCCUGUUCCAGAUCCACUAUUGCCUCCUACACAGAACAAGCAGCCGCCAAACGCAUGGGGUGCGCCUCAGACGGCACCGUCGCCCCCGAAUCAUCAUCAGCAGCAGCAGUAUAUGCCACCUCCGCUGCCUCAUAUGCAGGAACAACCUCCUCGCCCAAUGCACAUGCAAGGUCCUCCGAACCCGGGGAUGUACCCAGGUGGUCCUCCGAUGCCUCCGCAGUACUAUGGGCAUGGUCCGCCUCCCCCGAUGCAACCGCCAUUCCCUGGUUCCUCUGGCGCGUUCGGGCGCAAUGGCAUACCCCACCCGCCACCGCAGAUGCACCCGCCUGCCUUCAAAAUGAUGACGCCGCGUGAUGUGAACUUUGUGAUGCAACAGCAGAUGAAGUGGAUGCGCUCGAGUGAUCCGUUCAGUGAUGACUACUACUUCUACAACUUUAUGCAAAAGCGCUCACGUGUCGGUGUGCCUGGCCGUCCAUCGGUACCGCUUCCUUCAUGGAAGCUACAGCAUGUUAAAUCUGUUGACCCGCGAGAUGCACAGCGCGAAGUGAAGUCGCGCAACUGGGAGUCGGAGUAUAACGUGCUUGGACGCAACACUAAGAGUAGUUUGUACCGCCCAAGGCAGUUGCUGAACCUCGCAGGCACAGAAGAGGCUAGUUCGCCUCCUUCAUCGUCCACAACAAAUACUGAGGAUCCAGAAUGCACACCAUUCAGUGCUGGUGAGGGUGAGAAGGCAACCUCAUCCUCUGCAUUUGCGGCAGCCGAGUCUAGCAGUGAAGCUUCCAGCUCCAAUCAUGUGCGUGGAUCAAGCCAUGGUGCCCAGGUUGUCGCUGCAGAAGCCCAGGCCGCCAAGGUCUUGCGAAUGAGCGAAGAUGCCAGCCGCAACUCGGUUUUCAAUAAUGACACGUGGAACCUGCGUCUCCAGUUGGACCGCGGAAUGCAAUGCUUGCUGUCCCUACAGGACGCGCGCCACCUGCUGGAUGCCCGUGGCAUUAAUGUGCAGCAGUUCCACUCGAUGAACAAGGAUGAAAUGGAUCCAGCGCUUGUUGAACUGCGCUCGCGGACAACGUCGUUGUUGCUCGAGUUAGCGGCUGUGUUGGGUGUCAAUGUAACCCACUCUAGCGAUGCAGACAAUGAUGCUGCAUCUCCUGGUGUAAUGAGCUGUGAUGUACAGCAGCUGCUAAAGAUGCUGACAGCCACUAAGGGUAAGAUGCUGGUGAGUCGUGCGCUGCCGCUGUUGCACCCGUCGGCCCGUUUCGUCCUUUUGCCUCUUCUAGUUGAUUAUGUUUUGUCCGGACGGACUGACGGUGGACGCCAGCUUAAUGUCAACGAUGCAGGUGACGAACGGCUUUGCCAGACAUUGGUGCUCAUGUUGCUCUAUGUGCCGCCUGCGCCACCUGCUGAAUUGCUGACCGAGUGCCUCCAUCGAGCGUUGACUGGCCACGAUGUGCAGUCAUUAUCUGUUGUGCUUCACAACCGCGCGCGUGCUGAGGCCCUUCAGGCACUCUUGCAGCGUGGUGGAUCGGCUGUACAGCAGCUAGCAGAGACUGAAGGAGCCAACGCUGAGCACGUGAACACUAUCAAGCAGCAGUGGGAGCAGCAGCAGGGCUUGUUUGUGCAGCUGGCUACCGCCGUCAAGCAAGCGACUUAA